CAAAUGUUCUCUUCCUGGAGGAGACAUAUGUUCCUGUCUUUUCAUGAGGACCCCGUGCCCACCACAGCCACUUUCGGCUUGCUUCUUCCAUCGAAAGACUCACUUUCUCGGCAAUCCCUCCAGUGACCUCAUUGGAGAGGAGGUUGGGCAAUUUGAGGCCAUCGCGUUUCCACGGUGCUUCUCAGCCCAGAAAACACCUCCGAAAGCAGCUCUCGCCAUCAGAAAACCCAGACGAAGUCGCGAGCUUUUUCAUCCCCUGAGUCGCCGCGGAUGGCGUCCCGGACCCUCCUGGCGCUCCUGUCCCUGAACCGGAGCCAGCCCCGCCCCGCAAACGCCACGUCCUGUGACGACGCUCGGGAGGCCUGGGACCUGCUGCACAGGCUGCUGCCGACAUUGAUCCUCGCCAUCUGCGCCUGCGGCCUGCUGGGAAACCUGCUUGUGCUGUCCGUCUUCCUCCUGCCCCGGCGGCGCCUGAACGUGGCGCAAAUCUACCUGGCCAACCUGGCCGCCUCCGACCUGGUGUUCGUCCUGGGCCUGCCCUUCUGGGCGGAGAACAUCUCGAACCGGUUCCGCUGGCCUUUCGGAGCCCUCCUCUGCCGCGUCGUCAACGGGGUCAUCAAGGCCAACUUAUUCACCAGCGUCUUCCUGGUGGUGGCCAUCAGCCAGGACCGCUACCGGGUGCUGGUGCACCCCAUGGCCAGCCAGAGGCGGGGGCGCAGGCGGCGGGCGUGGGCCACCUGCGUGCUCAUCUGGGUGGCGGGGGGCCUCCUGAGCGUCCCCACGUUCCUGUUCCGUUCCCUCGCCGCCGUCCCGGAACUGAGCGACACCUGUGCCUGCGUGCUGCUGCACCCGCCCGGGGCCUGGCACUUCGCGCGGAUGGUGGAGUUGAACGUGCUGGGCUUCCUCCUGCCGCUGCUGGCCAUCGUCUUCUACAACGGCCAGAUCCUGGCCUCCCUGCGAGGGCGCGCGGAGGUGGGCGGCACGCGGAGCGGGGGCUCCCCGGGUGGCAAGACCGCGGGGCUCCUCCUCACGCUCGUGGCUGCCUUCCUGGUGUGCUGGACCCCCUACCACUUCUUUGCCUUCCUGGACUUCCUGUUCCAGGUGCAGGCCGUCCGCGGCUGCUUCUGGGAGAAGUUCAUAGACCUGGGCCUGCAGUACGCCAACUUCUUCGCCUUCACCAACAGCUGCCUGAACCCGGUGAUCUACGUCUUCGUGGGCCGGCUCUUCAAGACCAAGGUGCGGGAGCUUUGUAAACAGUGCGUCCCUAGGAGCCUUCGUCCCGGGUGCCUGGCCCAGCGGAAAGACAUCCUCCAACUUUUCUGGCAGAAGUAAAGCGGCGGGGAGUCACGAAGCUUGGCUUCCGGAUCCGCGGUUUUGGACAUCGGGAAGUCCUGUUGUGGUCGGCUGGGACAGUGAGCCCCCCGAAUGGCCAGGUCCCAGUCCCUGGGAACCGUGGGUGUGAUUAGGGUAGGAGGACUUUGCACAUGUGAUGGAGACAUGGAUCUUGAGAGCGGGAGAUUAUAGGGGACGGUCUGGGUGGGCCCGACGGAGCCACAAAGGUCCUUGUAAAAGGGCAGCGGCAAUGUCAGGGUCAGAGAAAGCCACGUGACAGCAGGAUCAGAGGCUGGGGUGUCGUGGGGAGCCCCGAGCCAUUGCUGGCACCCGCUGAAGGCCGGAGAAGGGAAAGGAGACGCAUUCUCCCCUCAAGCUUCCAGAAGGCGCCAGCCCUGUAGACACCCGACUUUAGCCCAAGGAGACGGACUUCAGAUGUCUGGCUUCCGGAUCCGUAAGGCAAUAAAGUUGUGUUGUUUUAAGUCAUCCGGUUGGUGGUAAUUUGCUACAGCAGCCAGAGGAAACUCAUACAACUUUCCAAUGAGGGUCCCUUGCCCGCCCAAAAUUUUCUCCGCUGACGGCUAGGCAUGCAGAGAUGAUACGGCUAGGGGUCCUAACCCCAAGGAACUUGCAGAAAUGAUUAGAGUAUAAAAAAAGAAAACAAGAGGGGCGCCUGAGUGGUUCAGGCGGUUAAGUGUCCAACUUCAGCUCAGGUCAUGAUCUCACGGUUCGUGAGUUCAAGCCCCACGUCGGGCCCUGUGCUGACAGCUCAGAGCCUGGAGCCUCUGCUUCGGAUUCUGUGUCUCCCUCUCUCUCUGCCCUCCCCCGCUCACGUGCUGUCUCCCUCUAUUUCUCUCUCUCUCAAAAAUAAAUACACA